UGGGCACCAAGAGUGAAACUCCAUCUCAAAAAAAAAGUAAGAUGGAGUCUUUUUCUCAGAUGGGAUCACUUAUAUCAAGGGUGCGCUAUACAGUUACUUAACUAAAUUAACCUGGUUUUUGUUCUGUAUACACUCAGAGCUGUUUAAAUGUCUCCCCAGACUGUCACCAUUAAUGACCAUGGACAAGAGCUGGGUUCUUUUUUUUUUAUUAUUUUUUGUAGAGAUGGGGGUCUUGCUAUGUUGUGUAGGCUGGUCUCGAACUCGUGGGCUUAAGUGAUCCUUUUGCCUUGUCCUCCCAAAGCACUGAUAUUACAGUCGUGAUCUUAAACAUGGGGCCAGUCUGCUCACGUGCAGCAGCACCCUUGAGGACCCCUGACUGCCAACUGGAAAUGUGUGGGCACCAGCAGGGCAUGUGAUCCCAGCCCAUAGCCUCCUCAGGCAUGGAGGGAGGGUAUGGCCUGGUUUCAUGCUGCCUUCAUUUCUGGUUAGAUGGCCUCCAGGGUAAGGUGAAUAGAACUCUAUAACAGGGUAACCUAGCCUCUCCAGGGCCAACAGGUCGAGGUGAGUCCCUCUGAGGAUCUCCUCCAUGAGCUGCCUCUGUGAGCAUGACCUCCUAUGCGCUGGCUGGCCUUCACCCUGUCACUCACUGGUCCAGCUCCAGGCUCCCCACCUGGAUGUGGGUUGGGAGACAGGACAGGCAUACAAGCAUAGAUACUGAUGGACAUGGCCAUUUACAAAACUGAGGGCAAUUUUGGCCACCGAGGCAAGUUUCUGGGUCAGCUGCACUGAGGAGGGUACUAACCUCUGCCCCUCGGGUCCACAGGUCUGGCCCCCUGCGGCUGACACCCCCCAGAUGUCCGUCUGCUUGCAUAGUGGGAUUGACUAACUCAUCAAUGUGGAGUUGAAUGCUUAGCCAAGUGCAGACCACGCUCCUGACUUGUGUCUGCCCUCUGUGAAGCUUUCUGCACACCUGGCUCCUUGCCUGGUCCUGCUGAAGCUCAGUCCCUCUGCAGGUCACGAUCCCUUCUCUGUCCCCCAACUUUUGCACCUGGAAUUUCCUGAACAACUUGGUAGACAGUCUCCCCACCCUGUCCUCCCAGUUGAGGAACUGCCCUCCCUCCUAGCUCUGAGGGUCCCUAAGAGGGGAGGAGCCGCCAUGUCCUGGAGGCAGUGCACAGAGAUGGGGCGCUCUCCCCCAACACAGGUUCUUCUGGGCUGGGUCCUGAGGCUGGUGGUGCAUGGGGGUCACGGCUGUCCCCUUCCCCCAGGUCUGGGAGCUCUGCCCCUCUGCCUCAGCUGCUGCCCACUUUUUUGCCUUCCCAUGAAGCCCAGCCGGCCACACCUGGGGAUGAGUGUUUACAGGUAGCAGCCUAAGGACGCGAAGUGGAAACCUGGCAACCUGGGGCCUCCCUGCGUCUGGCAGCCUGGCAACUGCCAUGUGGCGUCCUGUGCUGGCUUGUGGGGCGCUGCAGUCCAGGGAGAGUGUGGCUCUUCUCUCCCCUGGGGCUGGUUUCCAGGAGGUUAGGCCAGCCCUGCAGGUGACACUGGUGCUUCGGCUCCUGCCGAGCAGUCCUCUCCUGCAAGUAACAGAACCAGGGAGGGAGGUGGGCUGCGGCCUCCCCUGCCCACUACUGUCAUCUCCUGUAGCUCCCAGUAUGCUGGACUCAGCAGCAGCAGAGCAAGUGACCCGACUGACGCUGAAGCUCUUGAGACAGAAGCUGGAGCAAGAACGGGAGAACCUGGAAGGGGGGCCUGAGGGCCUCCACCUCGAGCCAGGAAACGAGGACCGGCCAGAUGACGCCCUGCAGACUGCUCUGAAGAGAAGGAGUGAGCUUCUGCAGAGACUCCAGGAACAGCACCUCCUGAACGAGCUAUCUCGGGUGCAGGCCUGGAGUGCGGCAAGCAGAGGAGCCCUGGGGUCAGCCCUGCCCCCAGAACUGACCCCCGCAGGUGUCCCACCUGCUGCCUCCCCACCUCCACUGACCCCAGACCUGCCAAGGAUCGUCCUGCCUACGGUCCCCCAGCCACCUGCCACCAUCAUUCAGCAGCUACCUCAGCAGCCGCUCAUAGCACAGAUUCCUCCUCCCCAGGCCUUCCCUACUCAAAGGUCAGGAAGUAUUAAGGAAGACAUGGUGGAGCUGCUGCUGCUGCAGAAUGCACAGGUGCACCAGCUGGUCCUGCAGAACUGGAUGCUCAAGGCCCUGCCUCCAGCCCUGCAGGACCCGCCACAUGUGGCCCCGGGGGUCCCACGAGCUGCCAGGCGGAAGCUGCCUGCCGUGCACCACCACCACCACCACCACCACCAUACCGCGUGGCCGCCGGGGGCUGCCACUGUCCUCCAGACCACGCCCAGCCCGUGGAUGCCCGGCCCACCCUAAGCGUGAGUCACAGGAACCCUGGCCAGGCACCUUCCACCCCUAGGCUUCCUCGGGGCUGUGGGCUGUGCCAGGACCAUGGAAAGGGGCAGGGUCCUUCCCUGCCCGGCGGCAGGUGAGGGGAGUGGUGGUGGUGGUGCACGGCAGGCAGCUUCGGCCUGGCGGCUCGGCUCAUGGCAUCCCUUGCUCUGGGACCCCUGCGGUGAGGGGCUUGUGAACCUGCCCAGGGCAGCAGCCCCUCCCGGGGAUCCCUCCUUUCCUGUAGGGCAUCACCGGCCCACCUGGAGCCUCAGGUCCCCCUCUUCCAUCACAGAGGUAAAGUCCAGGCUGUGGACGCCACCAGAUGAGGAUCCUGAAAUAAAGAUUCCAUCCAGAAAGAGUUUAAGAAAGCUUCAGCUCAGGAACCAGAAUAGAAAAGAUCAACCAAUACCUUUAGCCACAUGGAAGUCUGAACAUCCUGAUGGGAAAAAUACCACAAAGUCAAACUUAAUAACUGGGGCCUGUUUGCCGCAGGUGUGGAACAGACACCACCAAAGAAGUGGGGGUGCGUGGCUCACGCCUGUAAUCCCAGCACUUUAGGAGGCUGAGGCAGGAGGAUCACUUGAGCUCAGGAAUUUGAGACCAGGCUGGGUCACAUAGUAAGACCCUGUCUCUACAAAAAAUAAAUUUAAAAAACUAACCAGGUGUGGUGAAAUGCGCCUGUGAUCUCAGCAGCUCUGGAGGCUGAGGCAGGAGGAUUGCUUGA